GCAAAACACGUGGGAGGUGCAAAAUACGGAACCUCAUCCCAGGGAAGUGGGAAGCAGAAGAAUGCCGCUCCAUUUCCAAGGGAGAAACUGUGAAACCUCGUAGUGGAAAUUAAUUGACGAUGUAUUCGUUGACACUAAAACCCUUCUUCAUACCUCACUUAGUUUCAUCUUCUUCAACUUCUACUUCUUCAUCUUCAAUUUCUUUCGUGCCUUUCCCAUCUCGUUCCCUCACAUCAAUUAGCUUUCCCAGAACUUCAAAGCAUAAAGGAAGACUUGGCUUCAGAGUUGAAGCAUAUGAUUCCUCCAACAAUGACGCUUCCAAUCCUGCUAGUGCUGGCGAUUCCAAGCCCCCUAAUGGCACUCUAUCGAAGAGCAGAAGAGAAAUUUUACUGGAAUAUGUUAAGAACGUGCAGCCAGAAUUUAUGGAAUUGUUUGUGAAAAGAGCACCUCAACAGGUUGUGGAUGCUAUGCGACAAACAGUGACAAAUAUGAUUGGAACAUUGCCCCCUCAAUUUUUUGCUGUAACAAUUACCACUGUAGCUGAAAACCUUGCACAGCUGAUGUAUAGUGUCAUGAUGACUGGAUACAUGUUCAAGAAUGCCCAAUACCGUUUGGAGUUGCAAGAAAGUUUGCAACAAGUUGCCCUUCCUGAAGUGCAAGAUAAAAAGGAUGUGCCAGACUAUGCACCUGGUACACAAAAAAAUGUUUCAGGUGAAGUCAUUCGAUGGAACAAUGUUUCUGGGCCGGAGAGAAUUGAUGCCAAAAAGUACAUUGAAUUACUUGAAGCAGAGAUUGAGGAGCUGAAUCAUCAAGUUGGGAGACAAUCUAGCAAUGCACAAAAUGAACUGUUGGAAUAUCUAAAGUCUCUUGAGCCCCGAAAUUUGAAGGAACUGACUAGCAGUGCUGGGGAGGAUGUUGUGUUUGCAAUGAACACAUUUAUAAAGCGCCUACUGGCUGUUUCAGAUCCUAGCCAAAUGAAGACUAGCGUGACCGAGACCAGUGCAUCUGAACUUGCCAAGCUGCUUUACUGGUUAAUGGUGGUUGGUUACAGCAUUCGCAAUAUUGAAGUUCGUUAUGACAUGGAAAGAGUACUUGGCACCCCUCCAAAGCUGGCUGAAUUGCCGCCAGGUGAAAAUGUUUAAGCAGUGUUGAAUAAAGUAGGUAAUCGAAAUACUGAUGCUCCCAAGUUGGAGCCAAGUGCCGCAUUAGAUUUUGCACUUUUUGUUGAUUGGCUGAAAGGAGAAGUCUGCAUUUUUCAACGGCCCUGAACGACUGGUCUCCUACUAUAAUUGAUAUAUCUGAUCAAACUUUUUUUACUUUUGGGUACUAAAACUUUUCUUCACAAUUAUAGUGACAAAGAUAUCAAGGUUGAUCCCCUGAAGAUGUGCUAUGCUUUGAUUUUUAUGUAACUUCUUUGACAGGCUGAACUGUGGUGGAUUUUUUUAAGGCAGCAGUGAUUGCUGGUUUCAUUUUACAGUAUUUCAUAUUCG